AUGGGUCUUCUGUGGACUAAACAAUGGGGAGGCCGCCAUGCCGGUGGUGGUGUUGUCGCUGACCGUCACGGCACCGCACACACGUAUUUCACCGCGCCUUCGGGGCCCAAGAGCAUCAAUAAUGAAGACGACGCGCGAGAGAGCGUGCAGCACUGUCUCCCGGCGCUGCGACAGGAGUUGGACAAACACGAUGGGUUCUUGGUCGCGUGUUAUAGCCAGCAUCCGCUUGUGCCACUCUUGAAGGAAGAGCCGGCUAUCAAGGGCUCGAGGAAGCCCGUCACUGGUAUCUUUGAAGCGAGUGUUGCUGCGAGUCUGCAGCUCAUCCACCCAGAGGAGAAGUUUGGUAUCGUCAGUACGGGCAAGGUCUGGGAAGAGAUUUUGACCGAUGCUACGAUUGCUUUUCUCGGCACGGGUGCGGAUGCGGGAAAGAGGUUUGCAGGCGUUGAGACGACGGGACUUAAUGCUACGGAUUUGCAUGAUGCGCCUGCUGAGGAGGUCCGGAAACGCAUGAAGGAUGCUGUCAAGAGGUUGUUGAAGAAGGGCAGUGUGGGGGCGAUUUGUCUGGGCUGUGCGGGGAUGGCGGGGAUGGAUAAGAUGGUUAGGGAGGCUUGUGCGGAGGAGUUGGGUGAGGAGAAGGGAGGACAGGUUAGGAUUGUUGAUGGGGUUGUUGGGGGUGUUGCGUGGUUGGAGGGGGCUGUCAGAGCUGUCUUUUGA